CACCUCUGCCAUCCCACCGUGGUGCCUAAUCGUCUCACCCCACUGCUCCCCAGACAUCCACACGCCGGAAACGCCAGAAACGCCCGCGCGCCCGCGCGCCCGUCCAUCCGGGCCAUCCACUUGCACCACGUCUCACCCCUCCUCCCUCCCACUCCUGCCUCCAACUCCCAGCCCCACUCCUCCUCCCCUCCUUCGCAACCUCCCUCCUCCUCAUCACUCGACCCUCCAACACUACCCAACUCUCCACCAGCGCUCACUCGCGACUGUUCAUCUCCGCUGCCAACCUCCCCCUCCCCUCCCCCCUCCCUCCACUUCUACCCUCCCCAUCCUCACACCGACGCUCACCCGCCGGACAGUGCCCCUCUCCCCGUCCAUCACCUCCACGCGUCCUCUCAUCAACCAUGGCCUACCGCGCGUCGCGAGGAAGGAAGCAGGCCAAGAAGGGUGUCCAGCUCACCAUCAUGGUGGUUGGCGCCUCCGGCACCGGCCGCACAACUUUUGUUAACACUCUCGUUGAGGAGCCGCUCCUCAAGCACCGAUACCAGGAGCUCCUGCGUGACCCCGAGAACCCCCGCUCGGAGAUCGACCCCGUGGUCGCCGACCAGGUCGCUGCCGAGGCUCACGUCGAGCGCCAGAUUCAGAUCAAGCCUGUCAACUAUGAGCUCGAGGAAGACGGUGUCCGUAUCGCCUUGACUGUUGUCGACACGCCCGGCUUUGGCGAGGGCAUUGACAACGAGAACAACUUCCAGGAGAUUUGCUCUUACCUCGAGCGCCAGUACGACGACAUUCUGGCCGAGGAGUCGCGCAUCAAGCGUAACCCCCGCUUCCGUGACAACCGUGUUCACGCGCUUCUUUACUUUAUCCAGCCCACUGGCCACGCGCUCCGUGAGAUGGACAUUGAGCUCAUGCGCCGCCUCUCGCCGCGUGUCAACGUCAUCCCGGUCAUCGGCAAGGCCGACUCUCUCACUCCUUCGGAGCUCAAGUCGUUCAAGAAGCGCAUUAUGGAGGACAUCGAGUACUACAACAUCCCCGUGUACAACUUCCCCUACGACCCGGAGGAGGAUGACGAGGAGACCAUUGCAGACAACCGCGAGCUCCGUGGUCUUCUUCCAUUCGCCAUUGUCGGCGCCGAGGAGGAGAUUAUGAUCGGCGGCGAGGCUGUUCGUGGCCGCCGUUACCCGUGGGGUAUUGUCGAGGUCGACAACCCGGACCACUCGGACUUCGGCCGCCUUCGCUCGGCCCUCCUUGGCUCGCACCUCACCGACCUCAAGGAAAUCACUCACGACUUCCUCUACGAGAACUACCGUACCGAGAAGCUUUCUCGCUCGGUUGGUGGCGACGCCGCUGCGGACACCGCCCUCCUUCCCGAGGAUAUGGCCAACCAGUCGGUCCGCCUCAAGGAGGAGCAGCUCCGCCGCGAGGAGGAGAAGCUCCGCGAGAUCGAGCUCAAGGUCCAGCGCGAGAUCCAGAUCAAGCGCCAGGAGCUGCUUGCCAAGGAGGACAGCCUCAAGGUCCUCGAGGCUCGCCUUGCGCAGCAGAACGCUUCCGGCUACGAGUAGGCGGACGCUGCAAACGCACACCGAAACAAGUCCGUCUAGGAAUGUCCAUAAUGCCCUCUCUCAUGUCCCUCAUGCCCCCACAGCGCCGGACAGCCUGCUAUUUUAUUUACCCCGUAACUACUUGCGUGUGGCGGCCAACUUUUCUUCCGGCGCUGCUCCGUCUAUACCACUGAAGAGCGAUGCGAACUGUUAGCGCGACUGUUUAUCACUUGGCAGGCUGGGCUAUGUCGCAUCACGCGACCAGACAUCGCACAUUCCACUUCACAUUAUAGCUGAUGUGAUGCAUUCUGCCGCGAGUACGGGAUAGAUGGUCCGUGCAGACGACGUGCUCAUACGCUGCUGACCGACGC